AUGACACUCCGCGCGUUUGGAGUGAAAGUCUCUUACAUGCACAAGUUAAACAACACUUGUGGAAAGGCGAGGUGUACACAGCUGGCCCUGACUGGAGUAUAUAACGCCUGGAAUGACAGUAGCAGUGAAUGGACCUCAGCGAACACGCCCGACUAUUGCGCGCAGCUCCGUUAGGAAUAUCAAUAAGAUUUUACAUUGCAGGCGCAACUACGUUUGAGGAGUUUCCUGCAACUUCAUGCUGGACAUAAUAUAAAGGAGUUGUCUGUGCUGUACUUUCCAAACUUCUUUUUCUUGUUCUCUUUCGGAUACUUUUUUUAUGGUGUGGAAAAGUGUCCUGAGUGAUCCAGGUUAAUUUAAGCACCCUUCAAGAAGAGAAAGUUCCAAACUGUUGCUGUUUUUAAAAGCACAUGUUGCUUUUUAAACCUCCCACUGAUAUUUACAGCAUUAUACCAAGACAUUCUGGAUGCGCACUGAACGCGCACAAGGACUUAUGACAUGCGGUUAUGGUGCCUUGGUGGCAGAAGUUAAAAUGAGGUCUUUUGGCGAGCAGUUGGUGCGCUCAGAAUGGCCCGGGAGGAUUCGGUGAAAUGUCUGCGCUGUCUGCUCUACGCGCUCAACUUUCUCUUCUGGCUUAUGGCCCUGUGUGUGUUGGGAGUGUCUGCCUGCCUCAGGGAUCACUUGAACAAUGUGCUUACCUUAACCGCCGACACCAGACUGGAGGAGGCAGCCGUUCUCACAUACUCCCCCGUCGUCCAUCCUGUCGUCAUCGCCGUGUGCUGUUUUCUAAUCAUCGUGGCCAUGGUAGGCUACUGUGGCACGCUCAAGUGCAAUCUGCUCCUACUGUCUUGGUAUUUUGGCAGUCUGAUGGUGAUAUUCUGCGUGGAGCUGGCCAGCGGAGUGUGGACAUACGACGAGCCUAUGGUACAGAGGUCUGAUAUGAUAAGUCUAAAGUCACGCAUGCCUCAUUUUGGCCUGCAGCGCUACCAGUGGCUCACACAUGCCUGGAACUCUUUACAAACUGAGUUAAAGUGCUGUGGAGUGAUUUACUUCACUGACUGGCUGGAAGUGACAGAGAUGGAGUGGCCACCUGACUCCUGCUGCUCCGAUCAGUAUCCAGGGUGUGCCCGCAACGCCCACUACCAUGACCUCAGUGACCUUUACCAGGAGGGUUGUGGUCCCAAGAUCUACAGUUUUAUCCGGGGCACCAAGCAGUUGCAGGUGUUGAGGUUCUUGGGCGUGUCGAUCGGAGUGGCCCAGAUCUUAGCCAUGACGUUGACUGUGACACUACUAUGGGCUCUUUAUUACGACCACAAACCACCUGACCCAGCAUCCCCGGAUGCUUUAAUCCACACGCACAGCCCAGCAGAAGACCCCCUGAAGCCCAGCCACUCACACCCACGAGCGCCUGAGGCCUGGGCCAAUGCGCCCACCAACGGACACACCCAGUUUGAGAUGGAGCAGCUUUCCUAGCAGUGACUUGAUGGUGACCCAUCAGCUGCUGGAGACACUAAAAAUGAUGUUCCUGCCCUCUACCGACACUGAACGGACAGCAGUGAACUGGACCAGAAAAUGGACCUUGUGGAAGUAGUUCUGGGUGCCUGGAUGACAAGAUUUAGAUGGCGUGAACGGUUUUAUAGAAAACUUUAUAUACCUGUGGUUAAAGCGGCUUUUGUGGUCAUUACAAGGAAAGAUGAAGAGGAUUUACUGGGUUCUUCCAAAAUAAAGCCAUUGCCUCUGUCUCUAUGGACUUGAAUUCUCCACAGGGAGGUUUCUGGAAUGAACCAUUUUCGCAUAAAUCUUCCUUCCUCUCAAUGGAACGGGCCAUCACCACUCACAUUGACCUGGUUGCAAACCACUAAACCGCGUACACACUUUACGAUUUAGAAAAUCUGCAAUCUUGUUAGUCAAAAUUUAGCAUUAUGAUCACAAUUUACCUCAAGUUUGUUUAAAAAAAAUCAUAAAUUCCUUCUUUCACCAAGCUAUGACAUUCAGACAAUUUUUUUUUUCUUUACUAGAGCAAAGGUUUGUGUGGUACUUUUUAACAUUUGUGUUUGAGCAUUCAAAUUCAUUUAAAGGAAAAGACAAAACAAAAACAGCCUGCCUUGGCUUUUACACAAGAUCUGACCCAGCAUUUUGACAAUCAACAGUCAUAAAGGACAGAACCAUCUAGGUCACUGUUUUCCACUCUCUCACACUCACACAUGCACACACACUUGGACACAAGUCUUAAUGCGAUUGUUCAGAUGGGAUGGAAUGAAAACGUUGCUGCUAAAAGCUCAUCGUGAAGAUACUAGGAUACUUUUGUGCGGAUUUUCAUGUCUUAAUUUAACAGCUCUGUGAUAUGAUUCAUAUGGACUGAUGCACUAAAGAGUGUUUUAGAUCUUAAAAGUAGUAUUAAUUUUCUAUGCAGUAAUAGUCUGCACACAGCAUAGGUUAUAAGAAGGCUAAACUCUGUUGAAGGUUUGAGAAACCUCUUAUGAAACUUGCAUGUGAAUCACAGUGAAUUAAAUACGAAGACAUGUUUUUUGAA